UCUCGCGAGCGUGGCUGGAGAGCUAAUGCUAACAGCUACAUCGUUGCAUUAUUAGUAACUCUUACUAACGCCGGUCCUGUCCUGUCAUAGAAACAGUAACUGUGUCGUUAAUAUGGAGUUGUUGACACGGUUGUGAGAGAUAAUUACUUAUCAUUUAGAGCCGUUUUUCACAGUAAAACACGACAUAGUCGGUCAACUUUACACUGACAUUGAGUUCGAGACGACCCCCGGCAGUGUGGGAUUUGACAUUUUUCCAUGUCUCAUCCGCACUGAGGUAAACCGGGCUAAUGCUAAUCAUUUAAGAUUCAGACUAGAUUAAGACAUCGAGUGGAGAACAGGUUAAAGUCACCCCUGUCUUGGAGACGAUCCUUGCCAGCUAGUGGUGUGUGACCAGGAGGGAGAGGAAGGAGACAGCAGAGAGCAUGGAGCUGUCAGAUGGCUUGCUGCUGCAGGUCAGCAAUGGAGAGCAGUGGUGUAACCGCUGGAAACAUCCCAAUGAAGACUCGGACCGCAGCACCAGCCCUUCAGUCCUGCGUAAUGUCGCCAGCACGUGGAAGGAGGGUCUGCUGAACAGAAAGAGGCCCUUUGUGGGGCGCUGCUGUCACUCCUGUACACCACAGAGCUGGGAGAGACUGUUCAAUCCCAGUAUUCCAUCUCUGGGUCUGCGAAACGUCAUCUACAUAAACGAGACCCACACUAGACAGCGGGGCUGGCUGGCACGCAGACUGAGUUAUGUGCUUUUCGUUGUGGAGAGAGAUGUCCACAAGGACAUGUUCACCAGGAACAUGGUGGAUAACGUACUCAACAACAGCAGGGUGGAGGAUGCUAUUGUGACAGUAGCAACAGACUUGGAUGCUGCAGCCAGCCAGCCUGGUCAGGAGCACAAAGCUGUCAGCAAAGUAAAGCAGAAAGCCAGGGCCUUCCUCCAAGAGAUGGUUGCUAACAUUUCCCCAGCCUUCAUUAGGCUAACUGGUUGGGUGCUUUUGAGGCUGUUUAAUGGCUUCUUCUGGAGCAUCCAGAUCCACAAAGGACAGCUGGAAAUGGUGAAGAAAGCUGCUACAGAGCAAAAUGUGCCGAUGGUCUUCCUCCCAGUUCACAAAUCCCACAUCGACUACCUGCUCAUCACGUUGAUUCUGUUCUGUCAUAACAUCAAAGCCCCGCACAUCGCUGCUGGAAACAACUUAAGCAUCCCCAUCCUCAGCACCCUGAUCCGUAAACUUGGAGGUUUCUUCAUACGACGAAGAAUGGAAGAGUCUGCAGAUGGAAAGAAAGACAUUUUGUACCGAUCUCUUUUGCACGCAUACACAGAGGAAUUGUUGCGGCAGCAGCAGUUUUUGGAGGUCUUUCUGGAGGGGACUCGGUCGCGCAGUGGUAAGCCAUCUCCAGCACGUGCAGGCAUGCUGUCUAUCGUGGUUGACACAAUGUGCACGGGGGCCAUCGGAGACGUGCUGGUGGUGCCAGUUGGCAUCUCCUAUGACCGCAUUAUUGAGGGAAACUACAAUAGUGAGCAGCUGGGCAAGCCGAAGAAGAACGAAAGCUGGUGGGGAAUAGCAUGUGGUGUGUUCAGGAUGUUGAGGAAGAACUACGGUUGUGUCCGUGUUGAUUUCAACCAGCCCUUCUCCCUGAAGGAGUACUUGGACACCCAGAGAAGCCGUCAUAGUCCACCACCUGUAUCUCUGGAACAUGCUUUGAUGCCCACCAUUAUUUCUGCAGAGCCUGAUGCUCAGCUGUUUGAUGGACAGGAGGAAGAGCAGGUGAACAGAGAGCUGCCCGAGGACAUCUCUAGACGACAGCUUAUCAACAACCUGGCCAAGCACGUUCUCUUUACGGCCAAUAAAUCGUCAGCAAUCAUGUCGACCCACAUUGUGGCCUGUCUACUGCUGUAUAGACACAGACAGGGGGUGGUGUUGUCCAAGCUAGUGGAAGACUUCUUCAACAUGAAGGAGGAGAUCCUGUCACGAGACUUUGACUUGGGCUUUUCGGGGAACUCAGAGGACGUGGUCAUGCGUGCUCUCCACCUCCUGGGGAACUGCCUCAAUGUGACCAGCAGUUCUAAUCGCAAUGGAGAGUUUACCAUCGCACCUAGUCAAACUGUACCUGCGCUUUUUGAGCUCAACUUCUACAGCAACGGCCUUUUCCAUGUAUUCAUUUCUGAUGCAAUCAUUGCCUGUAGUGUCCUGUCGCUGCAGCGAGAGCUGGUCAUGGAAUCAGAGUCUGCUCGCCAGCCUGGCAAUCCCAGUAGUCAUCUUCUAAGUCAAGAGAGACUCAUCCGCAAGGCCGCUGGUCUCUCCCACUUCCUUAUCAAUGAGGUGGCUGUAGCACCACCUUGCCAGACUAUUUACCAGGUUUUCCAUGACACUGUAACCAGGCUGAUCCAGUAUGGAGUUCUUUAUGUGGCAGAGGAGGACCAGGAGGAACUGAGCCCAAGCCCCACAGAUGAGCCGUGGCCCAAAAAGUUUGCUGAGCCCCUUUCCUGGAGAAGUGACGAAGAGGAUGAGGACAGCGAUUUUGGAGAGGAGCAGAGAGAUCGCUACCUUAAGGUGAGUGUUUCUGCAGAGCACCAGGAGUUCUUUGUCUUCCUUCAGCGGCUGCUCAGCCCGGUGCUGGAGGCCUACAGCGGGGCUGCGAUCUUCGUCCACAGUCUGAGCCAGCCCAUGGUCGAGUCCGACUACACCCAGAGGCUCUUCAGAUACCUGCUCACACGCACAGAAAGAGGAGUGGCUGGUUAUGGUGAAAGUGCAACUCAUUAUCUGGUUAAGAACACCGUGAGGACUUUCAAGGAGCUCGGGGUCCUAAAGGAGAGGAGAGAAAACAAGGUGACAACUCUGGAGCUAAGCAGCACCUUUCUACCUCAGGAAAAUCGGAACAAACUCCUGCAGUAUAUCUUAGGUUUCACUCUGCUGUGACCGCGACGCGCGUCACCCAGCUCGGACCCCAGGCUCCUUCCAAUAAAGGGCUUCUACUGGUUACUUCUAAA